AACACUUGAUAGAGAUAAUCAAAUAUGGCGGAAUCAGUCAAAAUUUCUUACUUAUUUCGUUCGGGUCUAUUCUAAAUUACAGUGUUUUAUUCUCAAUUAAUUUCAAAAAAUGUUUUAAACUUUUAAUGUAGAUAUAAUAAAAAUCCAAAUUAUCAGUAAUUUUUAAGUUUUUUUUUUCUCAUUACAAUUUUGAUACAUAAAUAUGGGUGAAUCUGGUAAAGGUGGUGGAAAAAACCAAGAUGAUAAAGAUAAAAGAGUUAAAAUUAAUGUGGAAGGUGAAGAUGAGACCGGCGAAGGCGAAAUGGGCCGCAAGAAAAUGAAAAGAUUUCAGUUGCCUAAUCUACCACGCUGGUGGCAAGCCAAAAUCAUACAAUAUGCCUUCGCGCACCCGCAUGUUCGCGCCAGAUUGGAGAAGCACAUGGGCUCCAAUCUGGUACGCCUAACAGACAAGACCUAUAUGACCGAACUAGAAGAACGCAUACGAGCAGUCAACGAAGAAAACCUAAAUAAAAGGAUCUCUUCACGGGUCCUCGAUGAGAUGGAAAGACUGAAGCGACUUAUUUUAGUGGGAAAAACGCCUCUAAAGGAGUGUCCGCCAGAACUGUUCAAUCAUCCAGUUUUCGUCUUCUGGCGAAUGGUUAAUCGAGAGGUCGCAAAAGCGUCCAAGAAACGAGCUGAUGCAUACUACAGGAAACUUAAGGCAUCGCAGAAGUUUGACCAGUCCAUGGAUGAAGAAGCGGAGUCUGAAGAGGAACAGCAGGUGGGGGAACAACUGACCGCUGACCAACUUUUCGCUAAAUGUCGCGCAGAAUUGGAAGCAAAACAGAUUGACAUCGAAAAAGGCGUCCGAUUCACAGACGAACAAUUUGCUAUACUCAAAUAUGAAACUAAUGAUGUGAAAACCCUGAAAAGUCUCACGACGGUGGAAGAACUUUAUGCCCUUGCUGACAAGAUCAUUGGAACGAAACGUAUAUGAUUUAUUUAUAAUCUUUCAAACAUUUGCAAAUAUAACUACGUAAACGUGUAAUUUAUUUUGAUGGUUGAGUUGAGUGCCUUCUAUGUGUCCAUUUACACCGCAUAUAUAUAUUUUAAAAGAAAAACAUCGUAUAGUCCCUUAAAGUAGUGAAAGUAAGUAACAAUGUGUUUUAUAUUGUGUAAUAAAUGUUAAAUAUUUAA